AUGAGUCCAAUUUUAAUUAUAUUCUCAAUGAAGAAUUUGAUGAAUUGUGCCUGGGUUCUACCAUAAAUCAUAACUCUAGUCUCAUGUUCUGGGCUUGCUUUUCAUGGCAUGGACUAGAACCGAUAGUCCCCAUUCAUGGCAAUGUAAAUAGUGAACAAGACAGUGCUACCUCUCAUAAAUAUUGGAAAGUUAAAGAAGUUCUUGAACAAGCUGGUAUUUCCGUCCUAACUUGGCUUGCCCAAAGUCCAGAUAUGAGUCCAAUAGAACUUAUGUGGCAAGAAGUUGAAAGACGGUUGCAUAAUUCUUUGGAUAAACCUACAAAUAUUGAUGAUUUCGAAAAAAAGGUCAUAGCAGCAUGGUAUUCAAUUCCAUCUCAAUAUUAUCAUGGGAUG